CACCCGCUUGUUGCUCCCUCAUUCCGAUAGACUGGGAGCGACUCCAUGACUUACCUCCCAUCAUUUCAACCCCCCAUUCACCAUCAUUAACCGCCUAAUCAAUCACAGCUAUGUUGAUUCUCCCUCCAGAUCGUCCCCCAUUGGGCCAUGACGACAGACGUGAGCCAGCCAUGACGUCACCCAUCGCACACGAUGCUCGCUGGAAACAGGUGCCACAUUCCACCCAGCCAGCAGAGCUGAGCUCCAGCCUCCAGAUCCCUUGCUUCAACCCCAGGAAUUGCCAUGCCGUGACGUCAGCCUUCACAAACACGACCCCUAUCCUAUCCAUCGGCAUCCCGACCGCUCUCGUCUUCCCUCAACCCAUCUUUCCCCAGCCGUCUUCCACAGCACCCUAGCCUGGUUCUCCCCGAGGAUCCUCAAUUUCAGCAGCACGAUGGUAUCUUUCAAGUUCGGACGAAACACCGAGCCCAACCGGGAGGGCGGUCCAAGAGAUCAUGAGGAGGAACACCCCCAGCAAGAAGCCGAUGAGCGAACACGGCUCCUCCCUCGCGACCCCCCGGCCUAUCUCAGUCCAGACGAUCCCGCUGUCUCCCCCUACAACCUCUGGAGCAUUCGCGCCCUCCGCGGACUCUCCUCGCUCUUCCUCGCCCUCAGCUUCAUCUGGUGGGUCUUCAUACUGGUCUCUCUCUUCGUCAGCCCGCCGAUGAUGCACUCGCGCGGAUCCGGCUUCUUCAGCUUCGCCUACACGACCCUCACCGUUGGAUACCUCCUCCUGGGUCUGCUCUUCUUCGCCGUGCCCUCCAAGCCCAUGACCGUAUCCGGCAUCAUCAUCGCCGUCUUCCUCUGCGUCGACAUGAUCAUCACCGUAUCCGUGCCCCACAUCCGCGUCGAAGAGGGCUGGGUCGGAAUCGCCUCCGUCGUCUGGACCACCUUCAUCGCCCUCUACACUAUCAUCCAGAACCACUCCGUCGCAUGGGGCAAACGAGAGGAAGAGGAACGUCUGACCGGCCGACCCGAAACCCGUCGUCCGCUUCGCGAAUGGAUUGCCGUCCUCCUGCAAACCGUCUUCCUGGUCAUCUUCGCUAUCAUCUCCAUCCUCUUCACCGCUACCCUGAUCAUCCGCGCCCGCGACGCCUCCCUCCCUGCCCCGGGAAAUAAAUACUACGUCACUGGCAACAACUACCAGGUGCAUCUCGCCUGCGUCGGCAACUCCACCACCCAUCACAGCAGCCAGAAGAAUAACUCCCCCACCAUUCUCCUCGAAGCCGGCGAAGGACCCGUCGAACACACCUUCCAACCCUUCCUCGACUCCGCCUACCAAUCCGGCCUCAUCGACCGAUACUGCUACUGGGACCGGCCGGGCUUCGGCUGGUCCGACAACGCCCCAUCGCCCUACUCCGCCGGAAUGGCCGCAGACGCCCUCUCCGAAGCCCUCGCGCUAGCCGGCGAACAAGGGCCAUGGAUCCUCGUCUCCGCCGGCAUCGGCGACAUCUACAGCCGCAUCUUCGCCAGCCGACACCUCCUCGAAGUCUCUGGGAUCCUCCUCAUCGACCCCACGCACGAAGACUACCUCAGCAACGUAGGCUCCCCGGGCCGGGGCUUUUUCCUCUGGCUGCGCGGCGUAUUCUCCCCGCUGGGCCUCGACCGACUCGCGGGCGCGAUAUUUAAGGGCCGUACGCGCGAGGACCGCGUCCACGGCCGCAGUGUCUUCCAGACGGGCAGAGUCAUUAAGGCCCUGUUGCAGGAGAACCUGGUCGCUUCGUCGAUGACUGCCUCUGAGGUGCAAACCGCGAGACAUGUGCAGAUGGCCGAGACGCCGCUUGUGGUUGUCAGCUCCGGCGUCGAGGUCAGGAGGAGUAAGCGCUGGGCGAACGCCCAAGAGGAUUUGACUCGCAUUACGAGGAAUUUGAAGGAUUGGGAUGUCGUCGAUGGUGCCCCGCAUGAGGUGUGGAAUGUGCCUGAUGGGAGGAGGGUUAUUGAGAGGAGGUUGAGGGAGUUGGUUGAGGGUGAGUAGGUGGUGAUUAGUGGUGGUGGUGGUUUUUGUGUUUUUUUUCUUUAAUUUUUUUUUCUAAUGCUUGGUGGUUUGCGUGGUAUGCGUGAUAUCUUUCUUGCCAUUAUAUUUUGACUCUUGCAUGAAAUUGACGAUCCGACAUGACACGAUACGCGCUACUUGAUAUUUACUUAUAUUUAUAUGAUAAUCUCUCUCCGUCUACCUACCUACCUACCUUCCUUUCUUCACUGUCUGCACUCAUCUCGAAAGUAAUCUUAGCUCCCAUACAUGCAUGACUAAAUUCCAU